AUGACUCUCAGGGGAAGGGAGGAAGUCUCCGUUGAUACCUUAAGGCCUCGAAUAGGGGCAUGGUCCGAAGGGAAGGACAAGUUUGAGGAAGAGGUGUCAUCAGACGAUGCUCCGAAGGACAUCGACUGGAAGCUAGUACGAGCUGCUCCAAGAAGAGCUGAGAUGCAAGGUGCUAGUCAGUUGGUGGAGUCAGAUCCAUCUGAGUGGGAAGGUACGGACACCUUUCCCCUUGUGUUGCCAGAAGUGCAGUCAGGCAGAGCGGGCAGUGAGGAAAUAGCAAGAGACCCAGGAAGGUCUGUUGAAGUCAGCAGAGAAGGAAUAGUGCAGAGGAGGGAUAUAGGUGUGCAAGUGAACAUGGAUGAAGAAAGUAUGGGAGAGUCUGAGGAUGAUGCUCAAACCAAGGAGUCUAAGAUCUCAAGUUCAGGAGAAGGUGACCCCUCUAUUCGGAGUACAGCCGCCAAAAGAGAUAAGAAGAAGAACAGAGGUCUUAGAAGGUCAAAGAGGGACAAGUUUCGGCAGAAGUUGAAUGCUUUGGGUUUAGGCGCUCUAAGGUGUAGGACGUGUGGGAAGUCCCACGGAGGAGUAUGUUUAGCUGGGACUACGGCUUGUUUUAGGUGUAGUCAGGAAGGGCACUUUGCACGUGAGUGUCCUCCUACGACCAGGAUGGUACGGUUUCAGCAGCAGGCUGUAAGGAAUGUGGCUCAAGCCGAUAAUCAAGGAAGAGGAGCAGACACAUCGAACAUAGUGAUGCCAGCGUAA